GCGAGCGCCGCCGCCCGCCGCGGGCCGUUCGAACCGUGCCGGCCGCGGUGGCACGCUGUGGCUUUGGGCUGCAGUCUGGCCCCCGGCUUCUCCCUACAACCUUGGUGCCCACACCCCACCUCGGGGAGACCCCCCGGAACAAAUGUUUUUUUUGGGAAAACUCCCAGCAAGUCCAAGAGAGAGCCCUCGGGCCCCGCGGGAGAACGGAAAGCUAGCUUUGCGUUUCCCUGCUGCAGAUCCGGAGUUUCUGAGGCUCUUCUAUUCCUUUUUCAAAUCCCUUGUGGGCAAGGAUGUGGUCGUGGAACUCAAGAAUGACCUGAGCAUCUGUGGAACCCUCCACUCUGUGGACCAGUACCUCAAUAUCAAACUAACCGACAUCAGUGUCACUGACCCUGAGAAGUACCCUCACAUGCUAUCAGUCAAGAACUGCUUCAUCAGGGGCUCCGUGGUCCGCUAUGUGCAGCUGCCGGCCGACGAGGUGGACACUCAGCUGCUCCAGGACGCGGCACGGAAGGAGGCCCUCCAGCAGAAGCAGUGAUGCACCUCCCCCCCUUUCCCCUUCGGUGACCCCUAACUGGAUGUCCAGCUGAGGACAGGGACACCCUGCUCAGCGCUUCCGGUGUCUUGUUUUGUUAAUUUUUUUUCUUUUUAAUUGAAUGGAUGAAAGGGAUGAUAGUCGGGAACAACUAUCCUCUUGCGAAGGGAGGAUAAGAAAGCUGGGGGCUGUAAAGCGUUCCUGGUCCCUCCUUACUCCCUUUCCCUGGAGAUGGUGGGAGCUUCCUAGGCUUUCCAGGGCAACACGUGAAUGGAAAGAAUCUGUCCCGCAUCGGGAAUAAAAUUUCUGGUCAAACCGA